UCAAUGAAAAUGUCACACUAAUGUCCACUGCCAAAAAUAGCCUUCUUUCUGUAUUGUAACAUGAACAGUCAACAUUUGAAUUAACGCAUUUUUAUCAAAGUAAAAUACAAUGUCAGGGUACACUUUAAUGAGUAUAUUUAUUUUAAAGUUUGAAUCUAUUGCACUGUUUAACAUUAUCUACUGCUCACACCAUGUUAGAUCAACAGUCAUUGCAAAUUCCAUAGAAGCCUGCCAAGAUUAUGGGGUGUUCUAUUCAUUUGAUGCAGUCAUGCAGGUCUUCAAUGAUGCGAAAUACUACAACACGACAGAAGUGAGACAACUAAUGAGAACUUACCAGGAGACUUAUCCGUACGAUCCGAGGCGACGGUAUGGAAAAAGAAAACCAUUCAUCGUCGUAGAGAGUACGAGAAGAGACAGCAGGAGGUCUGUAGGAUGGAUGUUGGCACGAAGUACAGGAUCUCGUUACAUGAGCAAUCCACCGCGCAGUCUGGUGCCUCUGAGGGACCUGUUCGACAACCGUGGGGGCCUGUUACGCCGCGCAUACUUCAGCAUUGGGAUGUACGCUGCAGCCCAUGAUGUCCUGGAAGUUAUGUACCGAUACCCUGUCGUAAUGGCUGGAUACUGGCAUGACCAAGCAGCAUUUGCUAUCGCUAAGGAAUUUCAGGACAUCAAGGAUCUUCCUCCUCCUGGAGACCCCGUCUACCGUUGGCCAGCAGAUCUCUUGAAGCCCGAUCUUGUCUUCUUCAUCAACUCACCGGACAGAGAGAGUGGACAUUGGAGAGUCACUCCCAGACCUAAUGUCUUCAAACCCAAGUUGGUGGAAGUGAUGAGGCGAAUGUACGGCAUGCCAGUACUGGAGCUCAAUGACACGUUCCUCUACGACGACAUCCUGCUGAGAAUGCAAGGACAUCUCGACAGUUACCUCCCUGGCAGGCUCAAUUUCCAACAGGUCUUCUACAAGGAUAUCAUCGGUCAGGGCAACAACGCUGAUGAACAAACAUAGAACUCGUGUCCUUUUUAUAAGUAAAAAAACAAAAAUCUCUAUA